CCAUUACAGUCGGGAUGGCUUUCCGAGAGGGGUUUUUUAGUGCCUCGCCAGUAUCACUCUAAUCAGUCUUGAGAUAUCUUGCAAAAAGAACAGUUGAAUUUCGCCGAGGACCGCCAAAAGUCAUAUAAAAUCUAUCGAAAAUGUUCAAGCAGCACCUGGAAAUGAUCGGAAGCUACGAGCCCAUCAGCAAGAAGGCUCGCUUCUUCAACACUUACCUGAAGUCCCUGAAGGGAUCCCAGGACAUCAUGGCCAAGGAGAAGAAGACCUACGGAUCUUACGAGAGCUCGAGCAUCUACUCCGACUCUGAACACGCCGUUGACCGCAUCCACUCCCCUGGAUACCACUACAACACCGUCAGCAAGGACACCUACGGAGUCACCCCCAGGAAACUGAACGUGCGCGACUUUGCUGUCCGUCGCUAGGUAUGUAACCGGCAAGCAUGAGACUUGGCCCGCGCCAAGAACUAGGCUUAAGUGAACAACACCAGCAACACCAAGAUAUUUGACAUUCGAUGAUAGAAAACCUUACAAAUGACUUUAUUUGGCGACCUCCCUCAUAUAAGAACAACAACAUCGAUAUAAAAAAAACAUCAACGAACGCACAACAACAACAGUUAAGGACAUUCUAAACAAAAACAACGCGGUUCAUCUCUCUUUCAACCAUUCGUGACCAAGCACAAUGACUUUAUUCGACAAACUUUAGUUCAAUCAAUCAAUCGAUCAACUGUUCUCGAAAAGACUCAUUACCAAUCGUCGCCUACUGACGCACCAUCCAAUCGCAGUAGGCGAUGAAAUGCAGGUAAACGUAAGAAGAGUAGAAAAGACCGAACCAAACAACAACAACAACUAUAACAACUUGACAGAAAACUGUAAAUAGACGAAACGAAAACAUGACAGUGGCAGCUCCUCUCCAAGAAAAAUAUAUCAACAACAACAAUCAACAUCAUUUUUGAAAUGGCGACAACAACAACAACAACUGAAAAACCAGAAUUCAUGGUAUAGAAGACAACUUUAGCUUUACGUAAACAAAUAAAUUUUUAUUUAAUUUCGACGAUUAAGACCCUAGAGCAAGAAGAUGCGCAGAAAAAUAGAAAAAUUCAAUAAACUUACUAACCCCGUAGCUUUUAAGGUACACACAUACAAACACAAACACAGCAACUUCGUAAGCAACUGCGGACCAAACAGAUCGGUAGUAGUUCACGAACAUGACAGCAGAAGAAAACAGAAUCUUUAGCACAAACACUCAACAACAACAACAAAUGUGGAACAUAUAUAAGAACCUCUAUUUUUCUUUUCAUUUACUUUACUGUGUACGAUUAAUGUUUUAUUUGUAAUCAAGGCUGUAAACUAUGACAAAAAUACGAGUUCAAUAAAAAAAAGAGCAAAAAGGCGAA